UUGUAAAUAACCCUUUGAUCUAGUAUAGCCCAACUUAGCACUCUUGAGUGCCUAGUUUUCGAAAAACGUGGGAGGUAUAAUCGAUUUGAAAAAGCUUGCUAGCAACUUUGUUUUGCCUCUGGAAGCCCAUGUGUGCGAUCAUCAAUGAUCGUCUAGUUAAGGGAAGAAGAUGCCUUUACGAACGACGGUGAUCGGUAGCUUUCCUAAACCAGAUUACCUGUCUCUACCUGACUGGUUUCGUACGCGGCAGAACGGUGAUUUUAUUGUACAAUACAACAAGAUCAUUAGAGAGACGGAUUCUCAAACUUUACGUGAAACAGUACAGAGAGCAAUCAAAGAGGUCGUGGAUGUUCAAGGAACAGUAGGUAUCGAUGUCAUUACAGACGGCGAGAUKSACAGAGAGAAUUAUGUCCAUCAUUUCUGCCGUCGUUUGAAAGGAAUCGACUUUGAGAAUUUAACUGUUAAAAGUUCUCGUAAUGGAGCAUGGAUCGSUUCGSUACCAACCAUUGUUGCACGAAUAGAGGCUGAUAGUGCSAAAGCCUGGRUUCMAAAUGAAUGGAGAGAAACGCAGAGUUUGACAAAGAGACCGGUUAAGAUCACUCUACCAGGACCUCUUACGAUAAUCAACUCGGUUUGUGACAACUAUUACCAUAACGACAAGGAUCUCAGUCGUACAUUGGUGAAGAUCUUAAAUGCAGAAAUCUUAGCUCUUGCUGAGUCCGGUUGCAAGUACAUUCAGGUGGAUGAGCCGGUACUUGUUCGUUGUCCUGAUAAAGCAUUAGAAUACGCUAUUGAUCACUUAGCCCAGUGCUUUGAAGGUGUUCCUACUACUGUUAACAAAUGUGUUCAUUUAUGCUGUGGAUACCCACUGUAUUUGGUAGGUAAACGUUUGUAACGACAUUGCACAUGCA